UACCGGCCUUUUUGUGUGGCAUUCGGAAAGCGUGCGUCAGACGAUCACACCAUGUGUUACACCCUAGAAACCGCCUGAACUAUCGGAUAUUUACACUUCUGCCGGGAAGUUUGAGUCAGAACACGAGCGUCCCUCACAGGGUACACAUCUCACCGGCGUUUCGGACGACAAAAACGCAGUUUCUCAGGUUGUAUAUACUUCUAGCAGUUGAGUACGUCGUCCCCAGGACUCCCAGUGGCGCCCUCGUCCCCACCGUCCCGGCAGAGGAAAAUGUCGUCUGUCUGCCUCACUAUCGCGUUCAUCGUCACGUGUCUACUGUCCUUACUCAGUUGGGCGAAAGGUGAACGUCAGGUGAGAAGUAGCGGCGCGGCAGGUACGCAGGAGAAGUCGGUGUGUUACGGCAGACUGGGUUGUUUCAGCAACGCGCCGCCAUUUUCCUCCGACAUCCCCCUCCCACAGCCCAGGAAGCGAAUCAACACAACCUUCCAUCUGCGCACGCGCAGUAACCCCGUGCAGAGCCACGUCCUGAAACCCGACCGCCCGGAGACACUGCGCAGGUCAAACUACGAGACAGGUGUGAUGACAAGGAUCAUCCUACACGGCUACAGCAUGUACGGGACAAUAGAACCCUGGAUAGAAACAAUGGUUCAGGCUAUUCUAGCAAAGGACGACUCCAACGUCAUCGUGGUGGACUGGCUAAAGGGCGCCAUGGCCACCUACUCACAAGCUGUGGGGAACACCAGACUAGUUGGCGCCGAGGUGGCCAACCUUAUAAAAUGGUUAAUGGACAAAACGGGGAAUCCUUUGGAUAGUUUUCACAUCAUCGGUUUUAGCCUGGGAGCCCAGGUUGCUGGUUACGCUGGUGAUAGACUUGGAGGACGCAUCGCUAGAAUAUCAGCCGUGGACCCGGCCAACCCAGGGUUCAAAGACACCGAUCCUAGAGUGCAUCUAGACCCUAGUGAUGCCAAAUUUGUGGACGCCAUCCAUACUGAUGGAAACACACUUCUUGGUGUAGGACUUGGUAUGAAGGACGCCAUCGGACACGUGGAUUUCUACCCAAACGGCGGUAACGACCAGCCUGGAUGCGACAUGGCGUCUUCCUCUGAAGGGUCAUUCAUUUAUCAACUAAGUGUGAGUUUUUCCUGCGACCACUUUCGAGCGGCCGACCUCUACAUCGCCUCUAUCAACGCAACCAACGGGCCCAUGCAAGGCUAUCGGUGCGACAAUUAUGACAGAUUCCGCCAGGGGACGUGCAUGAGCUGCAGAGGAAACAGGUGCAGAAAGAUGGGCUGGGACGCGGAGAGAGUCCCACGUCAGGAGCGAGUCAAGUUCUACCUGCAAACGACGGCGGAGGAUCCAUUCAAAGUGAACCACUACCAAGUAAAGAUGCACUUUAGGAAUGUCAGCCGAGCGAAAGAAGUGGACGCAAAGUUGUAUCUACAACUACGAGGGCCCGAGGGUGAAACUGAAGAAGUUGCGUUGAAAGAGGGAAACCAGGUACGAAUAGUUCCUGGUCACUCGCAGAAGUUCCUCUUCUCAACGCCGACUCACCUCAGCAAGGUAGAGUCUGUAUCCUUCCGCUGGGAGGAAGUGACGUCAUCGUCGUCAUGGUGGUUCAGCUCCUGGUUCGGCGAUGAGGAGGAGGAUACGGGGGUGAAAACGUUGCACGUCAAGUCUAUCAAGUUGAAGCCAGGAGAGGCCGAUAUACAAACUAGAUCGCACUAUUGUCUGUCACGCCCCCAUCGUGGGAUUCUUGCCAAGGAUACCAAGACGUUUAGAAGCUGUAUACGUCGUGCGGCAUAAAAGGUUGAACUACUGAGGUUGAAGGCCCCCGUCGUCAAGAAUAGUGACGUCAUCUACCAGUAGUCAAACGCUGCCAUAUCUAUUUAUAGAUUUGUAUAUAUAUUUUGGUACUGUCAUAUUUAUAUAUCUGCUUUUUAAGGCGGAACUGCAUCGAAUCUGAACAUUAUGUAUAUAUAAUUCGUUAUUUAAGAAACUGUUUUCAGAAUGUUUUACGAAUAAUUUAUGAAAAUAUCGCCCGUUGCAAUAGUUGGCACAUGCCGUUCUAGUGAAUGUAGUUUAACGUUUCUGAUCAUUGUAGCUGUUCAAGUGAAUUUGAAUUGUGAUCACGUGAUGUUGUGUACGUGCCAAUUGUAACUGUCACUUUUGUGUUUCUCAGGCUUUAGCAGAAAUAAAAUGAUCCGUUACGUGAA